AUGAGAUUGGGAAGCUGGAACAUAGGAACCUUAACGGGUAAAUUGAGGGAGUUGGCAGAUGUUUUUGCUAGAAGGAAAGUGAAUAUUGUUUGUUUGCAAGAAACUAAGUGGGCUGGAGAAAAGGCCAAGGAAGUGGAUGGAACUGGUUUCAAGUUAUGGUACACAGGUACGAAUAAGAGUCGAAAUGGUGUUGGAAUUAUGAUCGACAAAAGUUUCAGAGAUAAAGUUGUGGACGUCAAAAGGAAAGACGACAGGAUUAUUCUGGUUAAGCUUGUUGUGGGUGACUUAAUCCUGAAUAUCCUCAGUGUGUAUGCACCCCAAAUUGGAUUGCAACCAACUGAUAAAAGCCAAUUUUGGGAAGACUUGGAGGAGAAUGCUACAUGGACGCAGUUCCGAGCAGAUGUGCUACAACGCUGCUUGUCAUCUAUGGAGAAGACCAUGGUGAGGGCUGCACCGGAGCCAACGCCUCCAUUGUCGUUGGCAAAGAUGGAGUCAAAAGGCGAGAAGGACCUGAGGGUGGGACACAUCAUUUGUUAUGUUCGAGUUGGACCUCAAUAUGAUAUGAGUGAUAGCAAAGCCAUUGUAGGGGAAGGUACCCAUGUCCACAAAAUGGAGGCGAGGCAUGUCAUGGAAGUCAGCUAG